GGUUCAAGAUUUCUAUAAUCUCAAUCGUAAACACGUGGUGUUUCAAAACAGACAUGAUUGUCGUAAGUCUAAGAAAAACGAGAUAAAUCAACAAAUAUGAGACCACUUACAGAAGAAGAAACAAAAACUUUCUUCGACAAACUUUCAAAAUACAUUGGUGAAAAUAUCAAGCUGCUUUUAGAUCGACCAGAUGGAUCCUACUGCUUUAGGCUUCACAGAGAUAGAAUAUUUUAUGUCAGGGAGGAUCUUAUGAAGAAAGCUGGCAAUGUAUCCAGGAAGAACCUCCUCAGUAUGGGAACAUGCUUUGGUAAAAUGACAAAAUCGGGAAAAUUCCGCCUGCAGAUAACAGCCUUGGAUUUUAUGGCUCCUUAUGCAAAGCACAAGAUCUGGUUGAAGCCUAAUGCUGAGCAGCAGUUUGUAUAUGGCCAUCAUGUAAUGAAGUCUGGCUUAGGUCGUAUCACAGAGAAUACCUCACAGUACGAAGGAGUGGUAGUGUACAGCAUGAAUGACCUCCCCUUGGGUUUUGGAGUGGCUGCCAAA